AUGGCUGCCAGUGCAUCUCAAACACGUGUGAAAGAAGAAGUAGAGAGAUCGAUUGAAAAGCUAGAAAAAGAAAAGCUGAGAGGACUUCAGGUCAGUUAUUAGUCAACUGCUCUAUAUUUAUUCAGCUAAUAAAUGUGUUUUAAUGAAAAUUCAGGUGAAAUAUGAAUAAUUUUACUCGAAUUCGAGGUCAACUCUUAGAGGUAAAAAAUAUCGGCUUUCCCACUAUUCUGCCUGAUUAAACCCCGAUCCUGGCAAAUUUAUAAACGAUUUCUUCGUCAUAAUGUUGCCUUAGACUGACAUUAGCCUAAAAAAUUUGUUGAUAGUUCAAUUUUUCCAGAAUGCACACUGUUUUGCCUAAACAUGUUCACGAAAAUUUUGUUCGGCCAGUGCCCUCUAUAAAAUUGGCUUUACCAUAAUGUUCCUUAUUCUGUAUUAACGAGAUGGCUAACAUCAGAAUUUUUCCAAAAUGAAGCGAAGUGUCUCAAGUGUUUGUCGUGAAUUCUAAAAUAUCCUUUGCAACGCCUUAGCUCUUCUUAAACUAGGGUCACCAAUGGUGCGGAUAAUCGGUUGCAUUUUACAAAAUGUGAACUCUCUGAAACUAUAUUGCACUUUCACCCUGAUGGAAGAUUGUACAUUAUGUAGCCAAGUGAUAUGGUUACAGUUUGUUUUGACAUUCUUGUACAUGGGGUUCAGCAAAGAGAAUGAUAGAGUCAUCAUCUAUUUCGUCAUCAUUUUACUGAUUCUCAGUAAAUAGGUAGGAAUGUAUGAGAAACCAGUAAAAAGUACACAGAAAAUACAGAAAAUGAGAUGAACAACGACAAUAAUGAGUAACAUGGCCAAUAAAAAAUGAUACCUAGAAUCCAGGCAGGAAUUAAAAAAAAACUAAAGAAAGAUAGUACUAUACAAAAUGAAGGCAAACAUUUAAUUUGCUACUGAAGAGUAUUUCAGUUUAAUAGCAAAAAAAAAAAAAUAUUUUGUGAGAAUGUUAGGCUACCUCUGUGAUAGUGAACUGAAGCAUACAGAAAGUUUGCUCACUUUUGUUUUUGUUUUUGUCUUUUUGUGGCAUUUUUUCUUUGGAAUUAAGGUUGAUUGCAGAAAAUUCACUCAUGAAACUUUUUUCAACUAGUACAACAAAACUGAAUUUGCCACACUUUGAUGUGUGAAAAGCAGGUAAAUGAAAGGAGCACAUUGUAAGCUGUUUACAUAUGAUUCUUCUCUGGGGAGUGUGGUAAAUGUUGGGGAUUUUUUUUUUUGAUAAAGGAUUCUCUUCACAUUUACAUGAAAUAAGUCAUAUUUUGACAUGCAAGUGGUAGCAAGGAAAAGUAUGAUCCUCUCAAGUGAAUUGCAAUCAACCAUGUACACCCAAGCAUCAAUAUGCAUACUCUUCAUACUGUUCCCUAUACAUUUCCCAAGUCCUGACAAGGAGAAUUUUUUUAACAACCAAGAGUUUUUCUAGUUGGUGAUCAUUUGUCAUAUUCUUGUGACCCUAAUGUGUGACUCAGGGUGUGAUGUUGUAAAGAGGAAUUAGAUGCUAAUCACUCUUAGAGAUUGAAGGUUUAAAGAAAUAUGUUUUACAAACUUUCUCUUUGUUGUCUUUCCAAAUAGGCUAAGUCUCACUUGUGUGCAGCUAAAUGUUGUGAGAAUUUAACACCAAGUAAGGAGGAAGUGCAACAAUGUAUGAACAGGUGUUUUGUUCCCAUUCAACAAAUUCAAGAAUACCUCGGUAAAGAGCUUACUGGAUUUCAGGUAAGUAGACUUUUAGUCUGGUUUGGAGGUGAUUUUUGAAUUUGGAAGGUUUGGAGCUAAAGUGAGAGAGUGACUUCAAAGUUUUCUCUGAAAAUUCCCAAAACCAACCAAGUCAAGUGGCUUCCUUCAAAUCAGGAAAACAUGAUUACUAACAAUAAUUUUUUUUGUAUUGGUUUUUUUUCACUUUUUAUAGAUUGUUUGUUUGUUUAUUUUACUGUUAUUUUUCAUGACAGAGUAAGCAAACAUUGUUGAUAUACCAAGUAACAUCUUCUGGGCAAUUUUUUCCUAUUAGACAAUAAAAAAAGAGCUGACAUGAGUAUUUUGAAACUAUGACGACAGCAAGAUUGAAAGUGUGUCAUGAAAAAUAAUGUAGCCAGCUCUGCUGAUUUCCCAUGUGACUAUGUAGGGUUGCUGUUAACUGUUAUUGUUUUCCUGUAUUAAGGAUCGUCUUGGCCGUUGUGCUCAACAAUGCCAGGACAAAAUUCAAGACAAUGUUGACCCAACUACUACACAGUCUGAACUGACUAAGUAUCAGGCUGAACUGGAUAUGUGCAUUGAUCAGUGUUGUAAAACACAUUUGGAACUCAUACCAAAGAUGUUUGAACGAAUGAAAAAAGUAUUGUCACAAGUGCAAGAUCCCAGCCCAAGGUGACACUGGUGUGAAAGUUAGAAUGGAAAAGAAUUCAUCAAUGUCAUUGCAACAGUUUUUAGUGGGCAAUUGUAAUUUCAGAAUCUCAGUGAUCUGCAAAACUUCAUCUUGGAGUCAACUCACAUUUCCUAUCUGCUGUCUGUGGAGCCUCUAUUUUUUGAAAGGACACUGGCAAGGCUUUUAGAAACCUUUAAUCCAAAAGAGUGACGAGAAUUUGAUUUCUCCUUCUUGUAUGAUUGCUGAAUCAAAUAUCAGAGUCAUGAGAAUAAAGGAGAUGAUUUGCAAGUAAAGAAGUUCUUGAUUGUGGGACAAAUCAUCAUAGUCAGUUUUGUAUAAAAUGCAUGACAAGAAGAAUGUGCUUAAAGAUGUUAAGUUGUAAGGGUUUACUGUGUUCCCAACGUAGAAGCCUCAGGGUGGAACCACUGCUUG